AUGGAGUCGUCCAUCGCCUACGGCUUCUCCCACCCAGAAGCCGUCUCCGGACUGCAUCGCGCGCCAAUGUACACGUCACCAAACCAUCUAGACUCCGACCCUUCUUCCUCUGCUCACAACGAGACGCCUAAAAACUCUUCCCCGCCUGGAGUGGCGAGCACCACAACCACCAACACCACCGCCACCACCACCUCCUCCUCAUCCGACCCCCGAGUAAAUGUGCGCAGCUGCGUGACCUGUCGUCGACGCAAAAUACGCUGUAAUAAAAUCCACCCAUGUUCCCAUUGUGUCAAAGCAAAAGUCGACUGUGUGUUUCCGGGAGCUGGCCGGGCGCCUAGAAAAUCCAAAAAGGCCACUGAGACUGAGCUACUAGCGCGUCUUAAAACCUUGGAGGCUAUCGUCAGGAGCCUCUCCACCUCGGCACCGAGCGAAGAUCUCUUGGCUGGCAAGAUUAACGAUGUGAGCAACGAAACAAAAGUUGGCGAACCGGACGUCAGUAUCUUUGCCGAGCAGCCCCCAAAAACCGGGGAGGUGGAUGCUGUGGGAGAGGAGAUGGGCAGGCUUGUAGUUGGCGAUGGGAAAAGCAGAUACGUCAGCCAUCGGUUCUGGACACAAUUUGGAGAUGAGAUUGGGGAGCUAAAGGAUAUGAUCGAUUGCCCAACAUCAGACGAAGAUGAGUAUCCGUCCCCCGGUAAUUCUGGACCUGGCCAGCAAUCGUGGGACAGCAACGAUGGCUUUUUAUUUGGGUAUUGGUCGAUAGCCCACAGCUUGCGGGAAUUUCACCUUCCGCCAGAAAAAGUCGGCAUAAUAUGGGAAACAUACGUUGAAAAUGUUGCUCCAGUUGUGCCUAUAUUCCAUCGACCCACAUUAAAAAAAAUGCUAUGGGAUGCCGCUGCAGAUCUUGAUUCUGUUAGCAAAAGCACUGAGGCAUUGCUCUUUACGAUUUACUACACCACCAUCACAAGCAUGACGACAGAGCAAUGCUUAUCACAAUUGGGCCAGGAUCGCGAUACCGCUUUAAGACGCUAUCGAUUUGCUGUUGAGCAAGCCCUUGCGAGGGCGAACUUGCUAAAUACUCAUAGUAUUGUUCUACUGCAGAGCCUCGUUCUCUUUUUAAUCUGUGUUCGGCAAGAUAGCGAUUCUCGCUAUGUCUUGUCGAUGGCAGCCCUUGCCAUUCAGAUAGGUCGAGGAAUUGGCUUACAUCGUGAUGGAGCUGCGUUUGGCCUGACACCUUUUGAGACAGAUAUGCGCCGUCGGCUCUGGUUACAGCUCUGUUUGAUUGACUUUUGCUCCGCGGAGGAUCAUGGAUGCGAUCCUAUGAUUUACGAGGCUUCCUACGACACUCUUCCUCCACUAAAUAUUAACGAUGAAGAUAUUUCACCGGAUUCAAAGGAAUAUCCGCCGGAGAGAGUCGGGUGUACAGACGUGACAUUUAUUUUGUUUCGAUGCGACAUAGUCAAGCUCUCGAGAAGGCUCACCCAUGUACCUCCAAGCAGCUUGAGCAAGGAGUUCAAAUCGUACACCCAAGCUGAGCGGGAGGAGUUGGUCCGAGAGCUUGGCAGGCACCUCGAACGAAAAUACGUGCAAUACUGCGACAUGAGCAUCCCAAUCCAGUGGGUCUGCGGAACAAUGUCGCGGCUAGUUGUGGCCAAACUGGUGCUCAUGGUCCACCACCCGAUGACCCAGGAGAGAACAGUGGAAUUAGCACCUGGAGAGGCGGCGCAAAAUUGUCUUUUUUGCUCGUCUAUUGAAAUUAUUGAAUUUGCGCUUCUCCUGGAAACGAAUGACAAUACGUCAAAAUGGAGAUGGUUUUUCCGCACGCAUAUGCAAUGGCACGCCCUUGCAUAUGUUUUAUCCAACCUAUGCGUGCGAGCAGGACCCUGUCCGGUUGUGGAUCGAGCCUGGAGAGCCGUCAAUGCUGCAUACAAAGCAUGGGAAAUCAAGGGCCAGCAGAAGAAAGGUAUGCUGUGGCCUGGCAUUCGGAAACUAAUGGCUCGAGCGCUACAGGCUCGUGAGGCGCGGCUAGAACAACUCUCUAGGCGGCUGGAGGAGAAACCCGCCUUCACUGGCGAUGUGCCCCCACACUGUGACAUGUUUGCCAACCCAACACCUCUAGAUACAUUCUCAACGCAGCCUCCGGUUCCGCAGGCCCUUGCUAUUCCCAACGGUAUACCUAUGGAGCCUGUGGUCAAUGCGAGCUUCACCCCCAACACGGAGAAUUAUAGCUCUGACUCGAUCGACGUGCCCAUGCUAUCCGGGUCGUUCUUCCCUCAGGAGAAUCUGUAUAAUGGCGAUAUGGUGAAUCUUAGCCAAGUCAUGAUCUCUCCUCCGCCAUCCUGGGAUGAAUGGAAUCAAGUGGUGCGUGAUUUCCAGCACGAUAUUAGAAAUGACGAUCUGUCAACGGCAAAUGUUUGGUUUUGA